CCCUCUCUCUUGCUCUGAAGGAACAAACAUGGAGACAGCUGGAAAAGUCAUCAAGUGCAAGGCAGCUGUUGCCUGGGAAGCUGGGAAGCCUCUUUCCAUGGAAGAGGUGGAGGUAGCCCCACCCAAGGCCCAUGAAGUUCGCAUAAAGAUCUCUGCUACAGGAGUGUGUCACACAGAUGCCUACACUCUGAGCGGCAGUGACCCAGAGGGACUUUUCCCUGUCAUCUUGGGCCAUGAAGGUGCUGGAAUAGUUGAGAGUGUUGGUGAGGGUGUCACCAAGUUCAAGCCAGGUGACACUGUCGUCCCGCUGUAUGUGCCACAGUGUGGUGAAUGCAAAUUCUGCAAAAAUCCCAAGACCAACCUGUGCCAGAAAAUUAGAGUAACCCAGGGCCAGGGUCUGCUCCCUGACAGUACCUCAAGAUUCACUUGCAAGGGAAAGCAAGUGUUUCACUUCAUGGGGACCAGCACCUUCUCAGAGUACACUGUGGUGGCUGACAUCUCUCUGGCCAAGGUGAACGAGAAGGCUCCAAUGGAUAAAGUCUGCCUUCUCGGAUGUGGCAUUUCCACAGGCUACGGUGCAGCUCUUAACACCGCCAAGGUCGAGCCUGGGUCCACAUGUGCUGUAUUUGGCCUUGGAGCUGUCGGCUUGGCUGUCAUUAUGGGCUGCAAGGUUGCCGGGGCAACCAGGAUCAUUGGAGUGGAUAUCAACCCUGCAAAGUUUGAGAAAGCCAAGGAGUUCGGAGCCACUGAGUGUGUGAACCCCAAAGACCACAGCAAAGCAAUCCAGGAGGUUCUGGUGGAGAUGACUGACGGGGGCGUGGACUAUUCCUUCGAGUGCAUUGGAAAUGUACAAAUCAUGAGAGCUGCUCUGGAGGCAUGCCAUAAAGGAUGGGGUGAAAGUGUCAUCAUCGGCGUAGCCGGAGCUGGACAGGAGAUCUCGACCAGACCGUUCCAGCUGGUGACAGGCCGAGUGUGGAAGGGCACAGCCUUUGGAGGGUGGAAGAGUGUGGAGAGCGUUCCUAAACUGGUGGAGGACUACAUGAGUAAGAAGCUCAAAGUGGAUGAGUUUGUGACCCACACUCUGCCCUUUGACCAGAUCAAUGAGGGAUUUGACCUCAUGCAUUCUGGAAAGAGUAUCCGCACAGUGCUGACCUUCUGAAGUGCCUAAAAUAUUGACAUCCUUCUCAUCCGGCCUUUUUAAACAAUCUCCUUCAAUAGUUGCAGCACUUAUGUAUUUCUCUGCACUUGUUUUGAUGGCACAACUUUCAGUAUUAGAAAAUCAUUUUUUGUUACAGCACAAAACAUGUUACAAGCAAAAAGUUUCAUUAAAGUGUUUUGAAAAUGAA